AUGACUGGCUCUGGACCUUUCCUCAAUAACGGGGAGCAUCCCAGCUCUCCAGACAAGCAACACAUAGGAAAUAACAGCAUACCCGAAAAUACAAAGCCCAUUAACGGAUCCAACAACUCAUCCAAGAGGCCAGUAGAGAAACACGAUAAGAGGAUAACAGAUUCCUCAAAAAAUUUUCUUCCGCAUAACAUAUCAAGAACUCCAAGGAGAAAGUAUACGUACAUUCUAGUCCUCACAUCACUAAACGGGACUUUCGAAAGCAAACACAUAGUGAUACCAUUCAAACCAGAUGGUUUGAAAUUGGGGAGACCUGUCGCUAACAGCAACAAUAACUCCAGUUCAUCACUCAGGGGCGGCAAGAGACUAGAUUCACACACUUUUUCCCAAGUGAGGUCUGACAAUGGUAAUUUCGAUUCAAGAGUGCUCUCUAGAAACCAUGCAUUGUUAAGCUGCGACCCCGUAACGGGGAAAGUGUAUAUAAGAGAUUUGAAGUCUAGUAACGGUACGUUCAUCAACGGAAAGAGAAUUGGCUCAAAUGAUGUAGAAGUUAAAGUCGGCGACGUAAUAGAUCUGGGAACCGAUAUAGAUACAAAGAUCGAGCAUCGAAAGAUAAGCGCAACAGUGGAAGAGCUAUUCAUACAGCCUUUACUAGAAUCAGAGACUUUUGAAGAUGAUGAUAGUGAUGAUUGUGGUACAAUUUCUAAAAGAGAAGAGGCUGCUGCUAUUUCAAGCUACAUAUACGGCGAUUCCAACAACUUAGAACUGGAAGAAGUUAUUCUGGGUUCUGAUACAGAAAUACUUAGUGGGAUCUUCAUCAAUAAUUGCAUUGGUACGAGCGCCACCUUAUCUAAUGUUAUCAAGACCUUAGCGACAGAAAUUGCAUUCUCCAAAUACGAUAAUUCUAAACUACAAUCCACGGAGGGAUUCUUAAUCAAUUAUACAACUCACUUGGAGUAUACAAACAAGCUGCUGGUGGAAAGAAAUGAUCAGCAACUGGUAAAGUUACAAAACGGAUUGAGAAGGAACCUAUCAGAAAAAUAUGAAAAAAUCAUUGAACAAAACAGAAAUCAAAUUAAACAACUGGAAAGAGAUCAUAUGUUCUUCAAAAAAUCCUUCGAAGUGAAAAAAAGAAGAAAUAACGAGAAACAAAAAAACAUGGAAAGGGAAAUAGAAGAUCUAAAGACCAGGCUAGAAGUUGAACGAUACAAGAAUUCACAAAUACUGAAGAAGAACAAAAUAAAAGAACAAGAACUCUCAACUGCAUCCAAGAAAAAGAACCACGUGCAUGACGCGAAAAGUGUUUCAAGCAUAAAUCCCAAUGGUGUUGACAAAUUUAACAUAAAAAAACAAAUAAAUGAUCAUUUUGCGUUAUUGACAUUCGGGACUAUUUCUAUCGGGAUCAUAGCUAUUGUGUUUAAGUUCUUCACUCCAAGCUAG